AUGAAGUGCGUGAUUGAGAGAUCCCGCCUCUCGGGGGAGAUCUGCUGCCCUGCAAGCAAGAGCUACACGCACCGCGCCAUAUUUCUGGCGUCCUUGGCAGAUGGGCCCAGCACGAUCGCAAACGUGCUUGCGUCCGCAGACACCGAUGCCACGGUGGCAGCCUGCCGGAGCCUUGGCGCAGAGAUCGAGCAGGACGGGGACGUGCUACGGGUCACGCCACGGGGGCUGCGGCCGGCCGACAUAGAUGCGGCAAACUCCGGCACCACCAUCAGGAUUGCAUCUGCGGUGUCGGCGCUUGCGGAAGGCACGUCCACCCUUACCGGCGAUGAGAGUCUCCGGCGGAGGCCCAUGCAGCCACUCCUAGACGCGCUGGGCACCAUGGGCGCCCGGUGCAGCUCCCGGGAAGGCCGACCCCCUGUCACGGUUACCGGCAGGAUCGCCGGCGGCCACAUAGACAUACCGGGCAACAUCUCCAGCCAGUUCAUCUCGGCGCUGAUGAUAUCUGCCCCCAUGACGCGAAGCGGGGUCACGAUAAGCAUACAGGGAGAUCUGGUCUCAAAGCCGUAUCUGGAGGCCACCAUAUCUGCCAUGAGGAGGUUCGGGGUCGUGGUGCACACGGUGAUCCCCUUUCGCAGGUAUGCAGUGGCGCCCCAGGCCUACAGGCCAGCAUCCUUUACGGUUCCCUCUGACUCCUCCAGCUUGGCUCUGCUGCUGGCGGCCGCAGUGCUGGCAGGAGAGAAGAUGAAGAUCCGCGUCGCAUUUGGCGAUCUGCCACAGGGAGACGAGUCGUUCAUAGACAUACUGGAGGUUCUGGGCGUCCGAGUCGACGUGGGAGAAGAUGUCAUAUCGGUUGAUGCACCCGGCGUGCUUGCAGGCGGGCGGUUUGAUCUGGGAAACACGCCGGAUCUCCUGCCGCCGCUGGCAAUUCUCUCGGCAAGGUGCUCUGCUCCCCUGGAGAUCGUCAACGUGGGCCACGCCAGGUUCAAGGAGACCGACAGGAUCGCGGUCUUGGCAUCCCAGCUGGCAAAGGCGGGGAUCGGAGCUGUCCAAGGGCAAGACAGCCUGACCCUGACGCCGGGCGCUCUUGGCGGCGCGCACCUGGAUCCGCACAGCGACCACCGCCUCUUCAUGGCGUUCUGCAUUCUGGCCAUGGCCAUCGACGACUGCACCGUGGAGGAUCCGGAAUCCGUCAGGAUAUCCUAUCCUAGCUUUAUCGAGGAUAUGAGGGGGCUGGGCGCCAAGCUCAGCCUUACGUAA